AUGGAAAAGGCUACCUCUCAAAGUUGUAGCAGUUGAUUUUGCUAAGCUUUGGAAAAACCUUCCUCUUAAACUAACAUGUUAAACCAUUGGUAGCCCAAUGUUUGGUAAAAAGCUACCUCUUAGUAGUUGGGGCAGUCGUUUUCUCACUUAGAGAAGCUAACAUGCUAGCACUUGGAAUUAUUCAAAUGUGAGCUGUCUUGUAUGUGUUUAUGUUCCUACUGCUUAUGAAGAACAUUUAGUUUUUCUUUUCUCUUGCUUCCUCACUUCAACAAUAACAUAUCAUCCGGCCGCAAGUGUCAUAUUUUUCGUACUAGUAGGGUGAUGUUUGCAAAGAGAGAACUUCCCGUGAUUCAAUGUUUCAUGUUUAACACGUUUAUGGAGCCAUUGCAGAAGGGAGUUUCAAUAUUCUCCUUCACUGUAUAGAAUACACCAACCAACCUUUUGAAGAAGAACAAAUUAAUGGAAAAACACAGGCAGUUUCAGGUUUAAGCGAGCUGGGAGCAUAACAAUCUAUUACUAAGUAGCUUGGAUAAUUCUGAGAGACCUACUUUGUCCAAUCAUGGAGAAAGAAGGGGAUAGGGCAUCACUUCAAGUCGCUUCUGAAGGAGUCCGUUGGAAAAGCACCGGUUGCCUGAUCACUUCAAGAGAAUUACACUGUAUAUUUCUAACCAAAUGGUAUCAUUUUUUUCUACCCACAUCAGCAGCACACGGUGGGUUCACAUUCUAAGCCUCACUUGGGUGGCAUCACUUCAGUGCGACCUCUAGGUAGCCAGAUUUGCGACCCACUUAAAUGGGGCUGUUCUAUCAUCCUCAUAUUUAAUGAGUUAUGUGCCUAGCGGUUCCCGUCCCAUGACUAGGUUAUUCUUGGCCAGUUAGCCAAAAAAACAUUUUACUUAUAAAUUGAAUUAGACAUCUAUGUCUACCAGCCAACACAAUUAGAAUAACAAAUGUGUUUUGAUGAAAACAAGAUUGAUUGACAGCAACCCUGCAACUACACAUUAGCCUGCUCCAGCUUCACUCAAAUGCACCAAACGGGCCUACAAAGGACAAAUUGACAACAAUGUGUCAACGAACCAACGUCCUACAAGUAUCAAGACCCAAGUCACUAUCCUCAGAAAAAUGAUUGGAAGACCAACCCUUUCACUAAUAUAUUCAUAAGUGAUAUAUAUGGGCAGCAUUGAUUUGUAAAACGGUAACAAUAGCAAUUAGGUAACAAGCUGACAGCUCCGUGAAAGAAGAUAACACUUGAAACAAAAGCAAAAGCUCAUUCCUUCUUCCUCACUCAAGAAAAAGUUGAAAGGAGAAAGCACCAUAAUAACACACUUCUUGUCAUAGAAAUCUCACCAAUACCUUGUAGGGAAGAGAUGUGAUCCUAGCAGUGUAUUACUGAAAGGAGGAGGGAAGGGACAAAAAAUGCCCCCAGAAUUGCCUCACUACCGUUCAUUUGCAACUCCUCUAGUCAGGUUUUCCCCAUCAAGCUCACCUGAGGCGCAUCUCAUUAUACCUGUCAGCUGCAAAUCUUUCAAAGGAAAUAAAAUAAUGAAAAUUCCUGGAAGAAAAAUUAUGCCGCUGCUUGUGUUCAUUUUAUCAACCAUCUCCAUCCUUAGACUUCUUAGAAUUGCUACCACUACAAAAUCGUCUACCUCUCUAUUGCCUGCACUCCCUCCGACUAUGCAACAUGCAUGUCAUUCCUCAUCUACAAAGUGCAGCGCUGUUUCAUCAAACAUAAGUAGCAGCCCACCCACUCAACAAAACAGCUCCACCAGUGCAACCAUUCUCACAAAAAAGGAAUUUAAGCUUCUAUCUAAUGUCAUUAAGCAUAAAGCGCCCUGCAACCUCCUUAUUUUCGGACUGAGUGCCCAGUUCCUAAAACUUUCCUCAAUCAACUCAGGUGGCACCACUAUUUUUCUAGAGGAUGAUCCUGACAGAAUAAGUUCAAUCAGAGCAAAAUCUAACAGCACUCUUAUCUACAAGUUUGACUACCAUGUACCUGCAAAGAAAGCUUACAAUCUGCUUAAACAUGCAAGGGAAAGUCAAGAUUGUGCACCCAGCUCAGGAAGGCUUCAAAACUCGACAUGCAAACUUGCAUUAACAAAUUUACCUGGAGAAGUUUAUCAACAGAAAUGGGAUGUAGUAGUGGUGGAUGGACCAAGUGGACACUCACCAGAAGCCCCAGGUAGGAUGGCUGCGAUCUACACAGCUGGUAUGAUAGCAAGAGCUGGACACACAACAGAUGUACUAGUACAUGAUGUGGAUCGAACAAUUGAGAAGUGGUUUUCCUGGGAGUUCCUAUGUGACGAGAACUUGGUUUCUUCUAAGGGUAAGCUCUGGAAUUUUAGGAUCACCAGUAAACCUAAUUCUAGAACAUUUUGCACAGAAAAAAUAGCUUUUCUAGUCUGAUAGCCUUCUUUUAUGGCAUGAUUGCAAAAAGAAUCAAGUUCUGUCAUUUCAUAAGCAUUCUUUGUUGUGCCAAGUUCAUCAUGAAGGCCGUAUAUUCAAAUGCCACGAUUUUUUAACCUACCAGCCAAGAGAAAGCCAAUCAAGGGACAAGAUCCACACAGAUCAUUGCCACACAUUACAGGCAAUCUGCAAGCAACAAAGACAGGACGUAUAUAUACAAAAUGGUGUAAAUACAUACAGAAAAUGCCUUCACCAUAGACUGCUUCUUAAUCUUCAAUAAGUUAAUUUUGCAGAGUGCAUAUAAUGAGACUUGCACAUUGUAAACCGAUUUGACAGUGAAAGAACCUAUUCAGAAAGUGCCGUUUGUUGUAUAUCUCAUUUUCAAAUGCUUUUUAAAUCUAAAACUGAGAUAUAUAUGUAUAUAUAUAU